ACAAGGAGGGGAGCCGUAAAGCGUUGUGUUUUGGACUGGAGGAGGUCAUUAGAAAGUGAGGAGUAGCUAAACACGGUCCGGUUCGCGAGGCAUAGAGACACCUAUAAAUCUGAUGCCGGUGUAAGAUAAAUACAUUAUUCAACAGCUCUAUAUAGUGUUUUAACCGCUGCGAGAUGCUUCGUCUGAUCCUGCGGCUCAGGCCGUCCUCUGGGCUCCGCUGUACCCGUGCCCUCCCGGCCGGGCCUUCUACGCCCAGCUCCCGCUCCGUGCCCGGAACCGGUUCUCUGAGGCGGCUUCACUGCGGAGCGGGGUCCCGGACCGUGUUUUUGGGGUCAGGCUCCAGCCAUAGAGCGGUUCUGCUGCGGUGUCCUCUGCUGAAAGGAAGCUGUCAUAGCCAGCGUUUCUACUGCCUGCCGCCUCACCAGAAGGUGGAGCUUCCUGCACUGUCACCCACCAUGCAGACAGGAACAAUCGCUCGCUGGGAGAAGAAGGAGGGAGAAAAAAUCGGCGAGGGCGAACUUAUAGCGGAGGUGGAGACUGACAAGGCCACUGUAGGUUUUGAGAUGGUGGAUGAGUGCUAUCUCGCAAAGAUCCUGGUUCCUGAAGGAACCAGAGAUGUCAACAUCGGAGCUGUAAUCUGCAUCACGGUUGACAGCCCUGACCUCAUCGCAGCCUUUAAGGACGUGACGUUGGAGUCAAUUCAAGCAGCCGGUUCUUCAACAGUCUCCUCCACUCCUCCUCCGGCUGCUCCUGGCAGCUCUUACCCAACCCACCUGAAGAUCACACUUCCUGCCCUCUCUCCCACCAUGACGAUGGGAACAGUGCAGCGCUGGGAGAAGAAGGUGGGAGAGAAGCUGAGUGAAGGAGAUUUGCUCGCUGAGAUCGAGACUGACAAGGCGACUAUCGGCUUCGAGGUGCAGGAGGAGGGAUAUUUGGCCAAAAUCAUGGUGCCAGAGGGAACUCGGGAUGUUCCCCUGGGAAUGCCGCUCUGCAUCAUUGUGGAGAGAGAAAGUGACAUUGCUGCCUUCAAGGAUUAUGUAGAGACCGGUGUGGCAGAGGUUUCCACACCACCUCCAGCUCCAGCACCUGCCCCAGCUGCAGCUCCAGCUGCUGCAGCACCCAGACCUGCCCCUGCAGCUACUGCCCCAGCAGCACCCAGGAAGGGUCGUGUGUUUGCCAGCCCUCUCGCUAAGAAACUCGCUGCUGAUAAAGGAAUUGACCUGGCACAGGUCAGCGGCUCUGGUCCUGAUGGGCGCAUCACCAGGAAAGAUAUUGACAGCUUUGUUCCACCAAAGGCUGCACCUGCCGUAGCUGCUGCUCCCACUCCAGCUGCAGCUCCAGCUGCUGCAGCUGCUGCAGCUCCUGCUGCGCCGGCUGGGACCUUUACAGACAUCCCUAUCAGCAACAUCCGCAAGGUCAUCGCUCAGAGGUUGAUGCAGUCCAAGCAAACGAUCCCCCACUAUUAUCUGUCUGUAGAUGUCAACAUGGACCAAGUGACCGAGCUUCGGAAAGAACUCAAUGCUGAGGUGAAAGCCCAGAAUAUCAAGCUUAGUGUGAAUGACUUCAUCAUCAAAGCCAGCGCUCUGGCCUGCCUCAAGGUUCCUGAGUGCAACUCCUCCUGGAUGGACACGGUCAUCCGCCAGAAUCAUGUGGUGGACCUGAGUGUAGCAGUGAGCACAGCCAGCGGUCUCAUCACGCCCAUAGUGUUUAACGCCCACACCAAAGGACUGGUUGCCAUCAGCUCCGACGUUUCUGCUCUCGCUGCCAAAGCGAGAGAAGGCAAACUGCAGCCACACGAGUUUCAGGGAGGUACAUUCACAAUCUCUAAUUUGGGGAUGUUUGGUGUCAAGAACUUCUCCGCCAUAAUCAACCCCCCUCAGGCCUGUAUCCUCGCUGUCGGGGGCUCAGAAAAACGGCUGAUGCCUGCUGAUAACGAGAAAGGGUUCGACGUAGCCAGCAUGAUGUCUGUGACGCUUAGCUGUGACCACCGGGUGGUGGACGGGGCGGUCGGCGCACAGUGGCUCGCAGAGUUCCGCAAGUUCCUGGAGAAACCCGUCACCAUGCUGUUGUAAAAGGACUGUACUGCAGUUAAACUGCAACAACAGGCAGAGCCUGUCACUGAAGUGAUCUGAUUGGUCUAAACCGGUCUGGAUCCUCCUCUGAUUGGCCGGCCUGCUACGAGGUCACUCCCAGUUACCCUUAAGGGGAAGAGGCAGAACUCACUCCGCUUACCUGUCUGUCUGUCUGUCUGUCUGUCUGUCUGUCUCUCUCACUCUCUUGCUCUCUCUCUCUCUCCUCUCCUCUCGCUCUCUCUCACUCAUACUCUAUUUAUUGUGGCCCCAUCUCAUGAGAGACCAGAAUUAGGUAUAAUUUAUCCUAGAAUAGAGCCGGUCAUAUGUGACUAAAACAUUGAUAAUGUUUUACAAAGGGAAGUGUUACAUGUCCAACCAGCGAGCAUGUUUAUCCUGAAGAUUGUGUGUGUGUGUUUGUGUCUCAACACACUUAAAUUUUGGAUUUUGUGUGAAUGUGAUAAAGACCACGGGAAGUGCAGCUACCUGUGGGUUACAGCCUUUUAAAUAAAGGGUUGUGAUUUUGGAGGAUGGGGCUUAAUAUAAGUUAACUUUGAGACAUACUGAGUCCAGAUCUCCACACACACACACACACACACACACACACACACACACAGAAUUUAAAUGUUUUCUGUGUUUUCUGUGGGUUGAUGCGACAGUGUAUAUAUUCUUCACUGUGAUAUGAACACAGUGCUGUAUAUAUAUAUGUAUAUAUGGUGGUGACCUGAGGCCUCAUUAUAUAACUUGUACAGUCCUGAAUUUAACACUCUUGAAAGAAGUACUGAACGGUUUUGCCAACUCUCUCUCUUCAGUGGGGAUGUUUUAUUUUUUAGUCUCAGAGUAAAACACUUACCAUUUAAAUAUUCUGUAUUUCAUUGCUGAAACGCACAAAGCUGGUGUUCGAUGUUAUUUGAAUAAAUUGGAAGAAGUCAAUCUUGUGCCAUAUGCUCUUUAGUUUGGGUUUUAAUAACUUGAUGUAUCUUAAGAGCCCACAUGAAAGUAGUUGGGAAUAUAAAUGGUAACUACAGUGUGAUCGCCCCAAAAAGAUUUUGGAAUAAAAUAAAAAAUAUUUGUUUUAACUUUCAGUCUAAGAAACUGCUGACCUGCUUGGGUGGAUUAGCGAUACACCCAUCCGACUUUUUCAGACCCGAUACCAAAUACUGAUCCCAGCCCAGUGUUUAAUAAUAAGCUGUAUGCCUCACUGCGUGGAAGUGACUGCUCAUUCUCUUAUGUGUAAUGUGACUUCAGGCUUGACUUCGUAAAACAAAUUGUAACAAAUAAAUACAUAAAUAUACAUUUACUGAAUUGUUAUUUAUUAUUCUAAAUAAUAAAUCAUACAUAUAUCAGUAUCGGUGCAUCCCUAAAAUGGAUAAAGUAAAGAUCUAAGCCUGCAGUCAACCUCCUCCAUGUAAAACUUCCAAACUGUCCGUAUUCAUUAAAAUGUCCUUGUUUUGUA